AUGUCGGCGAAGCCCACGAGCAAGACAUUCGGAAAGUCGACCCGAGAGGUUCCUGCCUCUUCGGAGAAGGCUAAGAAGUGGUACCCCGCUGACGACGAUGCCGAGAACAAGAAGGUCCGCAAGGCUGUCCGAUCUUGGGCCCCUCGCAAGUCCCUCCAGCCCGGCACUGUCCUCAUCCUCCUCGCUGGCCGCUUCCGUGGCAAGCGUGUCAUUCUCCUGAAGUCCCUCGACCAGGGUGUCCUCCUCGUCACCGGCCCCUUCAAGAUCAACGGUGUUCCUCUGCGACGAGUUAACUCCCGAUACGUCAUCGCUACCUCUUACAAGGUCGACAUCUCCGGUCUCGACGAGAAGAAGAUCGAGGAGGUUUCUCAGCCCAAGUACUUCACCGCUGAGAAGGCCAAGGAGAAGGCUGGUGAGGAGGCUUUCUUCAAGCAGGGAGAGAAGCCCCAGAAGAAGGAGGUCAACAGCAGCCGUGCCGCCGACCAGAAGGCCAUCGACAAGGCUCUGAUUGCCAACAUCAAGAAGGUUGACAUGCUGGCUUCUUACCUCUCCAGCUCUUUCAGCUUGAGGAAGGGUGACAAGCCCCACGAGAUGGCCUGGUAA